UAUUGGUUCAUCUUGACCUUCUCCCUGAUCUCCUCAAAAUAAGCUUGACCUCCACCAGAACCAGCUGGUUGCCCUUGAAAGUGAUCACUUGACAAGCGCGUCAGCGCCCACAGACCACCCAUUUGGGAAGUUGGACCUUGAAAGCCGCAAACACUUGUCAUCACUUGCUAACAGCUAUCACAAGCCAUGGCCAUGGCAAUGACAGCUCUAUAUAAACCUAGUUACCUACAUGCACUUGUGACAGUUUGCAACGAUCGUCGUUGUUAGAGACGAGAGCUGCGGUCACAUUGCUGCUCCCCAUCGGCCACCGCAACCAACCAAGCCGAGCGCGCAUAUCUGAUUCUCCGUCGUCGUCUUUGGUAUGUGGUGUUUGUGUUUCCACAUGCUAGAUCAUUUCACCACUCUUCCUCCAACUACAUGUUGACGCCGUCGUGUGAUUCCAUAUCACCGGUUGCAUCUUCUUGAGCGUGUACCAUGGCCAGAUGCCGUCUUCGCCAUCACCGCCUCGUCCCUCGCCGCCACCGGCGGCGUACAAGCACUUCUGCAGAGUCUGCAACAAGGGCUUCACAUGCGGCAGUGCGCUCGGUGGUCACAUGAGGGCCCACGCCGUCGGUGACGACGGGCCUAAUAGUGCCGCGGACGACGACGACGAGCCCGUGCCGCGCGCGCGCGGUGGUGGAGGGGAAGAUGGGCCAUCGACGGCGACGACGACGCACGUCUACGCGCUCCGGGCGAAUCCUAACCGCCUGACCAGGGGCUGUCAGGUGUGCAAGAACUGCGGGAAGGAGUUCUCGUCGAUGGAGCUGUUCCUAGAACACGGCAAGUGCAACUCCGGCGAAGACGAGGACACGGAGGGCUCGCCGCACUCGUCGGCACCCUCCGUGGCGGACGGCGAGGACGACGCGUCGCUGGCCACUGCGUGGUCGAAAGGGAAGCGAUCCCGUCGCGCCAAGCUGGCCGCCGAAGGAGGCGAUGAUAUGCCCGCAGACGAGGACGAGGAGGAGGACCUGGCCAAUUGCCUCGUCAUGCUCUCGUCGUGCAAGGCCGAUCAGGCAGGCGUCGCCGAGGCCGACCCGCAGCCGAGGCGCGCAUCGGCGAGCAAGGACCACGUGAGAAUGCCUCAACAGCCGCAACCCAUCUCGUUCGUCAUGCCGGCGCCGGAGCAGGCGAUGGUGAUGCCCUUGGCGUUGCCAGCGCCGCUGUACGCCUCCCCCGUGCCACGUGGCAUGUUCGAGUGCAAGGCAUGCAAGAAGGUGUUCACUUCGCACCAAGCUCUGGGCGGGCACCGUGCCAGCCACAAGAAGGUGAAGGGAUGUUUCGCCGCCAAGGCCGAGAGCAGCGUCAUCGAGCCAAUGCACCACGCGCCGGCCGCCUCCGGGCUCGAUGAUGACAAGGGCAGUGCAGCGGCUGCCGUCGAAGUCAAUGCAGGCGGCAGCGCUGACGCCAGAACGAACGUCGAUGUCACUGCUGGCGAAACACACGCCGGUACGAGCGAGGCCGCCGCCGCGCCAUCCUUGUCAAUGGCCAUCACGACCACCGACCAUGAUCCGGCACUGGCAAUUACACCGGGCAAGAAGAAGGCCAAGAUGCACGAGUGCUCCGUCUGCCACCGCCUCUUCUCUUCUGGCCAGGCGCUCGGAGGCCACAAGCGCUGCCACUGGCUCACCUCGGGCACAGGGGAACACGCCAACAUCGCACCCCUGACAGCUGAAGGCCUUGUCGCGGUUUCCGGCCACCAGCUCACUCUCCGGCCAAUGGUAGACGCGUCGGAGCCGGUGCUGGAUCUCACCAUCGCGGCUAACCCGUUGCCGGCGAUUGCUAGCGCGAGGGUCGCCGAGGUCGGAACCAGCUCGCUGCAUCUCGAUGCAUCUGCACCUUCGCUCUACCUCCAACCAGCGGCGGUACCGAGCAACCCCAGCAACCAGAACAAGAUGGCCCCGACGAGCAGCCACGGUGUUGACGAUGCUGUAGCUGCCUCGGGCGGCGCUGAGGACGAGGCGGACAGCACGACCGUCAAGAAAGCCAGGCUUAGUGAUCUCAAGGACGACAGCACAGCAGGGGAGACCACGCCGUGGCUGCAGGUCGGCAUUGGCUCCUCGUCGGCCGAUGGUGAUGGGAAGAGUGCUGCGGAAUGAGCAAGGCGAAUAGAGCUGGCAGCUAAACUCUGAUCUAGUAAGUUUUUAAAAGCUAAACACUGAAGGGACUGAACUAGUUAUUUUUUUCUUCUUUUGAUUGACUAACAGUAGCCUGUACGCAUAGAGUUGAGUUUGCAUAUAUUGUCUUGGACAAGUAUGUACUUAGUGAUUUGAUAAUGCAUCUGCACUAUCAGAAACUUUGCACUAACAAAGUAUGUAUGUAAGAUCGAAAACGAGUAUUUCGAAGAUACCACUAUAUACUAAGACUGUUCUGCUAA